UGGGCAGAGCGCCAGGGUUUACCUAGGGUUUCGUCGCGCCGACCGCCGCCUGCGCCGUGAGGGGACCGUGAGCAGUGAGCCAGGGAGCGCCGGCGGCGAGGUGAGGGAUGGAGGGGGGCGGAGGGGAGCGGGCGGGCGGGAGGAAGGCGAACCAGCUGCGGGCGUACUCGUGCACGCGGAACCCGCUGGAGCGGGCGCACGGGUCGGCGCGGUGGGCGCAGGGGGACACGGUGGUGCUGGCGGCGGUGUACGGGCCCCGGCCGGGGACCCGCAAGGGGGAGAACCCCGAGAAGGCCGCCGUCGAGGUCGUCUGGAAGCCCAAGACCGGCCAGAUCGGGAGGCAGGAGAAGGAGUACGAGAUGGCGCUCAAGAGGACGCUGCAGAGCAUCUGCCUGCUCACCGUCCACCCCAACACCACCACCUCCGUCAUUCUUCAGGUUAUGGGUGAUGAUGGUUCUCUUCUUCCAUGUGCAAUUAAUGCUUGCUGUGCUGCCCUUGUUUUUGCUGGCAUCCCCAUGAAACAUCUUGCUGUUGCAAUUGGCUGUGGGGUAUUGGCCGAUGGUGCUGUGAUUUUGGACACAAGCAAGGCAGAAGAGCAGCAAUUGAAAUCGUUUGCUCACCUGGUGUUCCCCAAUUCAAGCAAGUCCGUCGAUGUGAAAGAAUCACAACAGAAAGAUGGGCAGUCUGAACGUGGCUUGAUUACUUCCAUCACCCACGGAGUGAUGUCCGAGGACGAUUACUUCAACUGUAUAGAGAGGGGCCUUGCCGCAUCCGCUCGGAUCUCAGAUUUCAUGAGGACCACCUUGCAGAAGCACACACCUGACUAUCUCUGAGAGAGACACUGUCGAAACUCGGCGUGAUGUAGUGAAACGUCACCGUGUUGCCCUGGUGAUGUUGGGGCGUGGUUGUGUUGGCAUGGAAAGUGUGCGCGUGGAACAAUUUUGCGGGAAAAUGCGGCACUAGCUUCAUUUGCGAAUGCUGAACCGUUGGAUACAUAGCAAGGAACUGUUGUAGGCCUAUCAAUUCUGUAGAACUUUAAUCAAUUAUUAUCUAUUGCCAUCCAUGUUGUCCUGGUUGAA